AUGACGGACCUCACCGAAGUAUCUGUUUACUCAGAAUCCUCUGACAUUUACAAGGUGAGGACAGUGACAGCUUGUGUGUGCCUGGAAUUCUGGUUCCACUUUUUGAUAUCAACCUUGUAUUUCAUGGUGGGAAGUUACUUGGCGUUCCAUGUUAUACCAAUUGUCUUUGCUUUUCCCAGAAUGUUUUCUGCAACCCCGCGUUUGAGCUUGAUGGUGAGCGUGAGGAGAAAGUGGAAGGACUCAGUUCUGCCAGUACUGCCUUGGCCGUAGAGCCAGUAAAGAGCCCAGCAGCAAGCAGUGAGUCUGACAACCUAGUUUCCCUGUUCCAUAACAUCAUAUACAGUGGGGAGAACAAGUAUUUGAUACACUGCCGAUUUUGCAGGUUUUCUUACUUACAAAGCAUGUAGAGGUCUGUAAUUUUUUAUCAUAGGUACACUUCAACUGUGAGAGACGGAAUCUAAAACAAAAAUCCAGAAAAAUCACAUUGUAUGAUUUUUAAGUAUUUAAUUUGCAUUUUAUUGCAUGACAUAAGUAUUUGAUACAUCAGAAAAGCAGAACUUAAUAUUUGGUACAGAAACCUUUGUUUGCAAUUACCAAGAUCAUACGUUUCCUGUAGGUCUUGACUAGGUUUGCACACACUGCAGCAGGGAUUUUGGCCCACUCCUCCAUACAGACCUUCUCCAGAUCCUUCAGGUUUCGGGGCUGUCGCUGGGCAAUACGGACUUUCAGCUCCCUCCAAAGAUUUUCUAUUGGGUUCAGGUCUGGAGACUGGCUAGGCCACUCCAGGACCUUGAAAUGCUUCUUACGGAGCCACUCCUUAGUUGUCCUGGCUGUGUGUUUUGGGUCGUUGUCAUGCUGGAAGACCCAGCCACGACCCAUCUUCAAUGCUCUUACUGAGGGAAGGAGAUUGUUGGCCAAGAUCUCGCGAUACAUGGCCCCAUCCAUCCUCCCCUCAAUACGGUGCAGUCGUCCUGUCCCCUUUGCAGAAAAGCAUCCCCAAAGAAUGAUGUUUCCACCUCCAUGCUUCACGGUUGGGAUGGUGUUCUUGGGGUUGUACUCAUCCUUCUUCUUCCUCCAAACACGGCGAGUGGAGUUUAGACCAAAAAGCUAUAUUUUUGUCUCAUCAGACCACAUGACCUUCUCCCAUUCCUCCUCUGGAUCAUCCAGAUGGUCAUUGGCAAACUUCAGAUGGGCCUGGACAUGCGCUGGCUUGAGCAGGGGGACUUUGCGUGCGCAGCAGGAUUUUAAUCCAUGACGGCGUAGUGUGUUACUAAUGGUUUUCUUUGAGACUGUGGUCCCAGCUCUCUUCAGGUCAUUGACCAGGUCCUGCCGUGUAGUUCUGGGCUGAUCCCUCACCUUCCUCAUGAUCAUUGAUGCCCCACGAGGUGAGAUCUUGCGUGGAGCCCCAGACCGAGGGUGACCGUCAUCUUGAACUUCUUCCAUUUUCUAAUUAUUGCGCCAACAGUUGUUGCCUUCUCACCAAGCUGCUUGCCUAUUGUCCUGUAGCCCAUCCCAGCCUUGUGCAGGUCUACAAUUUUAUCCCUGAUGUCCUUACACAGCUCUCUGGUCUUGGCCAUUGUGGAGAGGUUGGAGUCUGUUUGAUUGAGUGUGUGGACAGGUGUCUUUUAUACAGGUAACGAGUUCAAACAGGUGCAGUUAAUACAGGUAAUGAGUGGAGAAGAGGAGGGUUUCUUAAAGAAAAACUAACAGGUCUGUGAGACCCGGAAUUAUUUUCUGGUUGGUAGGUGAUCAAAUACUUAUGUCAUGCAAUAAAAUGCAAAUUAUUACUUAAAAAUCAUACAAUGUGAUUUUCUGGAUUUUUGUUUUAGAUUCCGUCUCUCACAGUUGAAGUGUACCUAUGAUAAAAAUUACAGACCUCUUUAUGCUUUGUGAGUAGGAAAACCUGCAAAAUCGGCAGUGUAUCAAAUACUUGUUCUCCCCACUGUAACACCGGAGUUGGAUAUGCAAUAGGAUUGGUUGUUUCCAAAUGCCAAGACCUUUUCAAUUGGACCUAGUUGUUGUCUUACACCAUUGGAAAGUGGAAACAAAGAUUCUUGGAGGGUCUCCUCAACCACCCAUGUCUUUCCACCCAUCUUCCUCCCUGUGUGUGUGUGCACGUGUUGGUUUGCGUAUGUGUGUAUGUGUAUGUGUCCCAGCCCGAGGUGUGUUCAGUGUGUGUGUGAUGCGUCUGUGGGGUCCGUUGUGUAGCUGGGGGGCCGUGGUGGUCUCUGUUGCUGCUGUGCUCCUGGUAGCAGCCCUGGGCCUGGCACUGGUGCUCAUCUUCACACGUGAGUGACGGGGGUGACAGUGGGAGGAGUGGGCCAACACAGAAACUAUAAAUCCAUGUAAUUCUAUGGGUGGAACAGUGGGACCUCUGAUCCUCAACAGGAAGUGUUCACAGAGCAUGGUGUACAUACAUGGUAUACAUACAUUUCACUAAUCUCUCAAAAAAGCAUGAAGAACCCUAAUUUAAAAAAUCUCAUUCUCAUAGACACCUACAUAAUUAUGUCCUUAUUUAAACUAACAUUGCCAAUUCAUACACUUUAUGGUCCCUUGAGCAUCGAAUAGCAUUGCAGUACUUCUGCACAUCACAAGCUUGUGUCAUUCACUAAUGUCCUCUUACUCUAUCUCUCACUGUGUUCUUCACCCCACAGAACUAAAGGGGCAGAGUGUGGAUGGGGAAGUGGUGUCGACCAAUCCCCUGGACUUGUUGACUGGAGAUGGACUGCCUCGUGGUCUACCCACAACCCCCACCAACCACAGUCAGAGGGACAGUACAGUGGCCCCACAGCCAGCCAGAUACCCUACCCCUGAAUCUAGUGGGUAUUUUCCUACUACAGUUGUAUCCAUAGAAAUAGAAUAAGUAGUUAUAUUCCAAUGAUUGUACCUUACAGAUACGUACUUACCUACAGAUAUACGUACAAUACAAUAAUAAUACUGUAAUACACUACCCUGUACUUUUCUCACUGUCUGUCUGUCUGUCUGUCUGUCUGUCUGUCUGUCUGUCUGUCUGUCUGUCUCAGGAUGUGGGGGCGUAUUGACAGACUCAGAGGGCAGCUUUAGCUCCCCCAACCAUCCUGGGUCGUAUCCCCCAGACUCUCUGUGUGUCUGGGUGAUCCGGGCGCGCCCUCCAUCCCUGGUCCAGAUCCAUGUGUCCUCUCUGACCAUAGAAGGACCGUCCCCCUGCCUCUUUGACUGGCUGGAGGUUCAGGAGGAGACGGAGCAACCUUCUGUUGUCACCAGGUGGGUCAAUCGUACUGUAUCUAAACCUGUUCGAGGUAGAAGAUGCCUCUAAUCACAGAUCUAGGAUCAGAUUAACCUAUGCUGAAGGGGAUGUAACAUAUAGUGACUAUGGGCACAUUUUACAUACUGAUGAGUUUCAGAAGAAAGUUAUUUGUUUCUGGCCAUUUUGAGCCUGUAAUCGAACCCACAAUUGCUGAUGCUCCAGAUACUCAACUAGUCUCAUGAAGGCCAGUUUUAUUGCUUCUUUAGUCAGCACAACAGUUUUCAGCUGUGCUAACAUAAUUGCAAAAGGGUUUUCUAAUGAUCAAUUAGCCUUUUAAAAUGAUAAACUUGGAUAAGCAAACACAACGUGCCAUUGGAACACAGGACUGAUGGUUGCUGACAAUGGGCCUCUGUACGCCUAUGUAGAUAUUCCAUUAAAAAUCAGCCGUUUCCAGCUACAAUAGCCAUUUACAACAUUAACAAUGUCUACACUGUAUUUCUGAUCAAUUUGAUGUUAUUUUAAUGAACAAAAAAAAUAUUUUUUUUCGAAAACUUUUUUUUCGAAAACAAGGACAUUUCUAAGUGACCCCAGACUUUUGAACGGUAGUGUACUUCUGAACCUACUAGUGCAUGGCAGCCUCUUGAAAAAGCAUACUCUUCAUGACACAUUGUGGCAGCUAGGUGGCAUACAAGUUCUGUAUAGAUAGCAACUCUGCAUACUUUCUGGCCCUGAUGGUUUGCGGUUCUGCUGUUCAGGGAUUUUAGGUGAAGAAUAAAGACACAUUAUGAUUGCCUUUUGGGGCUGACAUUUUAAAACGUUUAUCUCCACCCUAGGUUCUGUGGCAACGUGGCACCCCCUACUGUGAACACCAACAGCAGCACUGUGUGGGUGACCUUCCGCUCUGACGGGAGCAUCGGAGGCAGUGGCUUCACCGCCCAGUACCACACCAUCACAUCUGAACAGAGUGAGUACUGGGCCAGAGGUACAAUCAACAGAUACACUGAAUUGAUCUUUGCUUUAGGAAACAUGUAUUUUCACAGUACAUUAACACAUAACAUCAGCAAUGUGUGUGUGUACGUCUGUUCUCAGAGAGCUGCUCCAGGGAGGAGUUUAUGUGUGACCACGGGCGCUGCAUCCUGCCUGUGUCAGUGUGUGACAGUCAGCCCAACUGUCAUGACCACUCUGAUGAGGCCAACUGCAGCCACAAGCACAAAGGUAAGAACAGGGUGUACAGCACAGUACACACUCAUCAUCAUAGUGACUUAACUGAAUACAUACAGCAGCUACAAGAAAAAGAAUGCCUGCAUGUAAAAUGGUAGUCUCACGAUGCCAUCCUCCUAAGUCUCGCUCAUCAAUUGGAAAAAGUCGUGAGGAAGCCUGGUAAUCAAUUUUAGUAAAAGGGCAAUCGUUUGCUUAUCUAUACGAAACUAAUUAUCAUUGUUUUUUGCUAUGUUGCUGAACAGAGUGUGGGGGCCAAAAGACUGGACCCUACGGCUACCUGGCGAGUCCAAACCACCCAAAGCCUUACCCUCAUCAACAGGUACCUACCUACACCUGAUCAAGAAAACCAUCAUCAACAUCACCAACAUGCAUCGUAUCUAAUUGACAUACCCAGCCAUUUACCCAGAAUAUAUCAAAUCCUACCAUGAUAAUUAAUGUUUAAUUUCCUCUUAUCUCUCCGUUAGUUGUGCACAUGGCGUAUCUCUGUCGAGGAGGGUCAUGUGAUCAGACUGAGUUUCCGUAACUUCAGUCUGGAGACUCAGGACGUGUGUGAGUUUGACUAUGUGGAGGUGCAUGACAGUGCUGAUACCGGGGCCAGCAGAGUACUCGGACGGUAAGACUUAUUAUGUUAGCUUCACAAUGUGUUUUUUUUCAUACACUACCAAUACAUUAGGUCAGAAGGGGACAAAAAAGAAUGCUCGAAGUAAGUCCAUCCAGUCAAAUUAAAUUGUCUAAAACAAGCAUAGGUGUUGUAUGACAAUAUAUGACAAAUAUACAGUACCAGUCAAAAGUUUGGACACACCUACUCAUUCAAGGGUUGUUCUUAAUUUUUACUAUUUUCUACAUUGUAGAAUAAUAGUGAAGACAUCAAAACUAUGAAAUAACACAUAUGGAAUCAUGUAGUAACCAAAAAAGUGUUAAACAAAUUUAGAUUUUAGAUUCUUCAAAGUAGCCACCCUUUGCCUUGAUGACAGCUUUGCACACUCUUGGCAUUCUCUCAACCAGCUUCAUGAGGAAUGCUUUUCCAACAGUCUUGAAGGAGUUCCCACAUAUACUGAGCACUUGUUGGCUGCUUUUCCUUCACGCUGCGGUCCAACUCAUCCCAAACCAUCUCAAUUGGGUUGAGGUCGGGUGAUUGUGGAGGCCAAGUCAUCUGAGGCAGCACUCCAUCACUCUCCUUCCUGGUCAAAUAGCCCUUACACAGCAUGGAGGUCUGUUUUGGGUCAUUGUCCUGUUGAAAAACAAAUGAUAGUCCCACUAAGCGCAAACUAGAUGGGAUGGCGUAUCGCUGCAGAAUGCUGUGGUAGCCAUGCUGGUUAAGUGUACCUUGAAUUCUAAAUAAAUCACCAACAGUGUCACCAGCAAAGCACCCCCACACCAUCACACCUCCUACUCCAUCCUUCACGGUGGGAACCCCACAUGCGGAGAUCAUCCAUUCACAUACUCUGCGUUUCACAAAGACACGGCGGUUGGAACCAGAAAUCUCAAAUUUGAACUCAUCAGACCAAAGGACAGAUUUCCAUCGGUCUAAUGUCCAUUGCUCGUGAUUCUUAGCCCAAGCAAGUCUCUUAUUCUUAUUGGUGUUCUUUAGUUGUGGUUUCUUUGCAGCAAUUCGACCUUGAAGGCCUGAUUCAAGCAGUCUCCUCUGAACAGUUGAUGUUGAGAUGUGUGUUACUUGAACUCUGUGAAGCAUUUAUUUGGGCUGCAAUCUGAGGUGCAGUUAACUCUAAUUAACUUAUCUUCUGCAGCAGAGGUAACUCUGGGUCUUCCAUUCCUGUGGCGGUCCUCAUGAGAGCCAGUUUCAUCAUAGCGCUUGAUGGUUUUUGCGACUGCACUUGAAUAAACUUUCAAAGUUCUUGACAUUUUCCGGAUUGACUGAACUUCAUGUCUUAAAGUAAUGAUGGACUGUCGUUUCUCUUUGCUUAUUUGAGCUGUUCUUGCCAUAAUAUGGACUUGGUCUUUUACCAAAUAGAGCUAUCUUCUGUAUACCACCCCUACCUUGUCACAACACAACUGAUUGGCUCAAACACAUUAAGAAGGAAAUACAUUUCACAAAUUAACUUUUAACAAGGCACACCUGUUAAUUGAAAUGCAUUCCACCUCAUGAAGUUGGUUGAGAGAAUGCCAAGAGUGUGCAAAGCUGUCAUCAAGGCAAAGGGUGGCUACUUUGAAGAACCUGAAAUAUAAAAUAUAUUUUGAUUUGUUUAACACUUUGUUGGUUACUACAUGAUUCCAUAUGUGUUAUUUCAUAGUUUUGAUGUCUUCACUAUAUUAUUCUACAAUGUAGAAAAUAGUAAAAAAUCAAGAAAAACCCUUGAAUGAGUAGGUGUGUCCAAACUUUUGACUGAUACAGUAUGUGUACCAUAAAACAUUCACAACAGUAACAGCACUCUUCCUUGAUAAGACGGUGUACUGUAGCCUGUAGUAGCCUAGCCUGUGGUGGGGACUCCUAUGGUUGUAAAACAGAACAUGGUCACAAACAGAUCUGGGACCAGGCUAAUUGUACCCUACUGUACCACAUUCUGUAACACAGUACAACUGUUACUGUACCUACUGUACCACAGCCAGCUCUAGUGUUCCUUCUCUAUCCUGUCCCAGGUACUGUGGCACCAGCCUGCCUCCUGAGCUGACCUCCUCUGGGCCUCAGAUAACCGUGUUGUUUGUCGCUGACGAGGGCGUGGCAGACAGUGGCUUCAACGCCUCCUACCAGGCCAUCUCCCUCACCGAGAGUGAGUCAACCCUCCCCCCACCACACACAGGGGUAGUGUUCAGUAGGACAAACUGUAGCAAAAAGUUUAGCAACAAUAAACAAAACUCCGGUUUUAUUGGACAAGAUCAGGUAGUACCUUCCCAUUUCACUCUGUUUCAAAACGUUUCCUCCUUACAGAACACGACUCAGAUCGGUCUCCCUGUAUCUAGUCUGUUAUGGCUCUUGUAAACGUAGAAAAUAAGGCAAUUUAUUAAAACAUCUAACAGUGGUUUAGUUAAAGGAUUUACACUGGAAAUAUGAGGAGUGGAUCACCUGUUUCCUUGUUUGUGACAGGAACAUGCAGUCCUCCUCAGUUUGCCUGCAGCAGUGGGGAGUGCCUGCACCAGGAGUGGCUGUGUGACGGCUGGACUGACUGUGCAGACGGGACAGAUGAGCACGACUGUGACAACUCAACAUAUCCCCCUUUCAGUGAGCCAACAAUACAAAACACACACACAUCAUAUUUGUAUGAUUCCUACAGCAGUAACACAACUGCUAAGCUUUCAAGUAGAAUGACUCCAUUAGGACAGACUAGUAACCUUUUCUGUGUCUGUAUCAUACCUCUCCCCCAGGCUCGUCCUGUGAGCCCAUCGAGGUGGAGAUGUGUCAGGGCCUGAGCUACAACCUCACCUCCUUCCCCAACAUUUGGCUGUCCAUUGCUGACCAGAGAGAGGCAGCCACACUGCUCCGCCAGUACAUGGUGAGACCACACUUGGCCUGUCAACACACAACCACACAGAACAAUAUCACAUUUUCUUUAAUGGAUUUUUAGUUAACAUGAACAUUAUCUGUAACAUAAUAUAGGUGCAUAGCAGUGGAGGCUGCUGAGGGGAGGAUGACUCAUAAUAAUGGCCGGAAUGGAAUGGUAUCAAACACAUGGGUUUCAUGUGUUUGAUACCAUUCCAUUCCAGCCAUUAUUAUGAGCCAUAUAUGGGACGUGCAGACCCCCUUAAGUGUUUGAUUCUGAUGGAGGUAGAUAAUGUACAGCCGCUCUCUAACUCUCUCCCAUGUGGUUUGUGGUUAUUACUAGGUGCUGAUGGAGCUGGCAUGUUUCCAGCCCCUGCGCAAGCUGGUGUGUGGGAUGUUCAUGCCCCACUGCAGCCCUCAGGGUGGGGUGCUGCAGCCCUGCCGGUCAGUGUGCUCCUGGGCAGAGCAGCAGUGUAGUCAGGCCCUGGAUGUCUUCACCUUCAGCUGGCCCUUCAACUGCCACCUGCUGCCUGACUCCCAAGACCCUAUGGAGUGCUCCAGCCCCUGA